AUGCCGCAGAGGUUACAUUACAGACGCCGGUUGCCAUAUAAAACGGCUUCGAACAAGACCAGGGUUUCCAAAACUCCUGGUGGUAGAUUAGUGUUUUUAUACAGAAAGAAGCAAGGAAAGAUUCCACGAUGCGGCGACACUGGUGUUAAACUGAAGGGUAUAACUCCUGCAAGGCCAAGGCAAUUAUCUAAAAUGACCAAACGGUUAAAGAAGGUUUCGCGCGCAUAUGGUGGAUGCUUGUCGGCCGCUGCAGUUAGGGAAAGGAUUAUUCGGGCAUUUUUAAUUGAGGAACAGAAGAUAGUAGCAAGAGUACUAAAGGCGAAGAAGCUUGAAAAGAAAUGA